CCCAUCCGGACCCGCACGGCGGCCACCUCGGCCAGGGGCAGGGCGCGGGUCCCCUGCCCAGUGGCCCCGCGGGGCUUCCCGGGCUGUCCAGGGCCCUCUGCCGGGGCCUGGCUUGUAGCCCGGCCCGCACGCCAUGACCCAGGUUGCCCGGCACCGCCCGCUUCUCUGGGGGGUCCCUCGUCCCCUCCUCGUCAGGGCCUGGGCGCCCCGCCCCCGGCCUGCUCGGGGUGCAGGGUGGGUGGAUGCUGGGAACUGGGGUCCGCCUGGCCCCGACGGGGCGCCUCCAGCCCACCUCGCUGAGCCUUCGAUCACCCUUUUCACCCACACCUGCCCCCCAGCCCCUCCCGCCCUCCCGACACGCGCUGCCCCCCAAGGUGGCAACUCAGGGCCUCCCGACAUGUCCCCCUGGCUCUGGCACGUGUGGACUUGGAGGUUCUGGUCCCCGCCCCCCAGUUCUGGCUGCUUUAGUGCUGAUGGGUGUGGACUCCUGCUCAGUUAGGGCCCGAGUCCCACCUAGCGGACCUGCCUGCAGGACAAUGUGAGUCAGAUGCCCCCACGAGCCUGGCGUCCCCUCCUGGGCAGCCAGCCGGUCCGUGACGGGUCCACCCCGGACACCCCACCCAACCUGACCCAGCCGUGUAUCUGCCACCGGCCGCUGCCCGCCCAGCUGACUCACGGUGCUGUCAGCAAAGGCAGGCUGGGGACAACCACCAUGUCCCAGGUGCCUCAGCCAGGGCAUCGGCCCGCACGGGGAAGCUGGCCAAGCGAGGGGCCUUCGGACACCAGGACGGAGGGAGAGGCCAUCGCAGCUCAGGGCAGGGACAGGCACCUGGGACGGAGCUCGCCACCCGUGGCCUGUGCUGGGGGUGGUGGGGCGCGCGGGCCAGCCUGGCACUCGCCAGCUCCAGCGUCCAGUCACACACCAUGGAAACCACAGGUGUAACCGUGGAAAACGUUAUUUUCCUUGAUGAAUCACGUUCUAAGCUGGGCAGAAAAUUCAUUUGACAGUUGAGGCAUCGAAAAGAAAUCAAAGGUUUUGUUCAACGGACACUGAGGUUUGGGUCUUCGGUGUUUGUAAGUGAAAGUGGCUUUCCGUCGUCACCCACGCUCCAGGGACAGGCGGGGCGCGACAGAAACACUCGUGCCUCGGGGUGCGGGGCGGGCCCCUCAGAUGCCCUCCGCCUCCCUGUCCUCCAGGGCCCCUCUAAGCCGUAUUCUGGCCCCGCGUCACCCACCUUCUAAGCUUGGAGUCGGCCCGCCUCAGCUGUCACUGCGCCCUCCCUGAAGACACGUGACCAGAGAAAAUUCCGGGCUUGUCCCCUGUCAGAGCAGGAAGGGGCACCGGCGGGGCGGUGACGGUUUGGGUACCUGUAGCAGGGGGUCCAGUGCUUCGCUGCUAAGUAAGGACAGGAGGACAGGGCCAUCAGAGUGGUGUGCUGGCCAGUGGGCGCCGGGGACUGUCGCUCCGGCCGGAGACCGAGGCUCCAUCCAUGCCGGUCACUUCUCGCCAGAGGUGGCCUCGCCUCAGCCCUGGGCCUGCACGAGGCGGGCAGACUGGCAGAGGAUGGCCGAGGAGCGGUCGGGGGGUCUGGAGCUGCCUGGAGCUGGCCAGGGCCGGGACGGCUGGUGGCUUCUGACUACACCAGCCGGCGGCCGGGGUGGGAUGCGGGACAGGUCACUCAGGUAGCCCCUCUGUGUGGACGUGGUGCUGGGAGGCCACGGGACAUAUGGGGGUGAGCAGGAGCAGAAGCGGCGAUGGGGACCCCGCCCUCGGCAGGGAGCACCCCAUCCUCACCCUCUGCAGGCGGACUCGUCCUUGGCGAGGCCUGGAAGUGUCCUGGCUGCCCACAGGGCUGUCCUCGUCCAGCACAGGCCCUGCCCAGGCCGGAUGUGCGUCACUCACGGGGGCUUCGCCUGGACACCGAGGGGGUGUGGUGGGAGACCCCGCCCUCACCUCCUUGCCCCUGCGACCCCCACGUCCCUCCUUAAAGGCCCUCGGUCGCAGCCCCGCUGUCCUUCCUGGAGUGGACCCUGCGUCUGUGGGACCCUGGCCCCAGGCUGGGGUGGUGGCAGCCCCUCCCCGAAUCCCAGACUCAACCAGUGGCGCCUCUGGCAGAGGCUCCCUCUGGGGGCGGACAGUGGGGGCGGACACUCCUGGGGGUCCCCACACAACCCAGUGCACCCAGCCUGGCUGGAGGAGCCAGCAGGGGCCGUCCCCCGACCACACCUCACUUGCCACCACGGUUCCUUGGGAGGGGGGCGGGGGGGAGCAGGAAGCGGGGUUUGAGGAGGAAGAAGGCCCUGCCCUGGAGCUGCAGUUGGGGUGCCUGCUGCUCCACCGAGAGCAGAGAGGGGAGCGGGGCUCCAGGCUCGCUGCGGGCAGUCCCCCAGCCCUGGCCACCUGGGCUGCACCGGAGUGUCCUUUCCUGCUCUCCGUGGGGACACGGGCAGAUUCCGCCACGUCCGCCCUUCCAGCUCCCACCCACGUUCGGGUUCAGGGCCCUGACAGUGAGCAGGGGGCCCCGCCCCUCCUGCCGCACCAACCUCCAGGCACCAAAGGUCAAGGGUUGUGGGAACAAGGGGGAAGCAGGGGUGCCCUCGCAGGGGCUCUGGGGGCCCCUGUGGGGAAUCCAGGGUCCCAGCACCCCAAGCAGCCUGGCCCUCAGGGAGGCCUGGACCCAGGGAGAGAACGGGGAGCUGGGCUGGCAUCAGGGUGCAGAUCCGCUCGGGGUACCAUCCGGCACACGCGUGUGUGCACACGCGGAUACGUGCACGUGCGCACAUGCACACGCAGGCCUGGAGGGAAGCCCCACUCUGGGCCGCAUGCCCUCCAGGCACCCCUGAACCCCGGGCCCGUGGCACCCCAACACUUCCCUGAACAGCCACCUGGCAUGGGCCCCGGGGCCUGGAGACAAGGGGAGGCCUCUCCUGUCACCAGCCCCACCCUUCCCACAGGUCCUCGGGGCAGCCCUGUCCCCAGACCUCCUGGACACCCCCCGGCCACCUCCUCCUCCUGCCUUCAGGGCCUGACUCCUCCCACCUGCAGAGCUCACCUGCCUGGGCUCUGCCAGUGCCACCUGCCAGUGUGGCCCCAUCUGCUCCAGAGGGGCGCUUCAAACCUGCAGUAGCCCUGCUACCCCCCAAAGACCCCUGUGCUGCCCCAGCCCUGUCCCCAGGGCCACCGGGCCCUCUCACCGGCUCCCCCACACGGUCUCCUCCCUGUCUCGUGCUGCCCAGAGCAGUGGGGUAUGUUUUCUGCAUGAACACCGACUUCCGGUGGACUGGACUUUGGGGGGUGUGGGCGACGUGGCUCUCCGAGGAGGACCCCACACGCCUCCGGGGACAGCAGGGUCUGGAGCGUGAGGGGCCCGACAGCCCCGCCUCGCCCACGGCCCGCUGCUCGCCUGGAGUGGGGGGUCCGGGAGGCUUUUGGGUUCUUGGGUACGCUCGCGUCCCGUGCGCCAUCGGAAAAGGCCUUGGACGAAGGUGCACGAGCAGGUGGCGGCGGCACGUCGGUACGAGUGCUUAAGGGAGCGAGGGAGAGACCAGGAGUUAGCUCGGCCUGGCUCCGGGCGGCGGGACCAGAGGGGGUUCGCGGACUCGUGGCGUCUGCACGGUGAGCGCGCACCUCUCCUGUCAGAGGAAAUCGAAAUCCGGAGUCAGCGUUGUUGAGCUCCUGCCAGUCCCGGCCACCUCAGCCCGUCCGGGGUGGCGCCCCCUGUGCAGGCCACGCGGCGUUCUGCAUGGUGGGGGACGCGGAGAAGCGGCUGAGCCUGGAGGCCACCGCCUGUCCUGCCCCGAGCCAGGACUGCGCUGCCCCAUCGCCCUCCCCUGCUGCGUGCGGAGCCUCCCGGCCGCGGCACCCGCAGGCCCGGCUGGGCCUCUGCGACACGCUCCCUCCGCUUCUCCCCGACCGGCAAGAGCCGCAGAGAUGCCGCUGGGCGGACGGAAGGGCGCAGGCCUGGGGAGGCCGAGCCCGAGCGCGGGGGGACAGGCCCACAGCGCCGCUCAGAUGGACUCAGUGGCAAGCGACGCUACCGUGCAAUCAGUGUCUAAACGCCCCGCAAAGCAGGGCGGAAACGAAGAAAACGGUGCAGGAAAAAUCCUGGAACCGUCACGAAUUAUCAUUUCUGAAUUUUUUCUCAAAAGUACUGAGGAUGGUUACACAGGUUUUGUAUGUUUCUAAAUCAUUUAGGCUGAUAUUAGACACGUGUCCUCUGCUCCAGCUCCAGGAAAGGUCUUCUGGAACCUUCUCUGGGGCAGAGGUGGGUCUGGCCACAUCUGGUGCCCAGCCACUCUGGGCCUCAGCUGUAUCCAUAUUUGUUGACUUUGUUUUCCCACAGUGAAAAAUGAAACUUCUUUUCCUAGUGAGUAUUUGACUAAACUCAGAAGCCCAGCAAAGCAAUGGGCUGGAAACGCUCAGCCAGCAGCGCCGUCUCUUGUAGAAGCCCAUCCUGACCCCUGUCCUUGCUCGAUGGUGACACACAGGCCGGUGCCAUGAGGCUGCCCCACGCUCUGCUGCCCCUGCUGCUGCAGGCCUGCUGGGCCACCGCUCAGGACUUCCCGGCCGCCGACAAGGCCGUCGCCUUCCAAGACUGCCCCGUGGACCUCUUCUUUGUGCUGGACACCUCCGAGAGCGUGGCCUUGAGGCUGAAGCCCUACGGGGCCCUGGUGGACAAGGUCAAGGCCUUCACCAAGCGCUUCAUAGACAACCUGAAAGACAGGUACUACCGCUGCGACCGCAACCUGGUGUGGAACGCGGGCGCGCUGCACUACAGCGACGAGGUGGAGAUCAUCCGCGGGCUCACGCGCAUGCCCGCCGGCCGCGACGAGCUCAAGGCCAGCGUGGACGCGGUCAAGUACUUCGGCAAGGGGACCUACACGGACUGCGCCAUCAAGAAGGGGCUGGAGGAGCUGCUGGUGGGGGGGUCCCACCUGAAGGAGAACAAGUACCUGAUCGUGGUGACGGACGGGCACCCCCUGGAGGGCUACAAGGAGCCGUGCGGGGGCCUGGAGGACGCCGUGAACGAGGCCAAGCACCUGGGCGUCAAAGUCUUCUCAGUGGCCAUCACGCCCGACCACCUGGAGCCGCGGCUGAGCAUCAUCGCCACGGACCACACGUACCGGCGCAACUUCACGGCGGCCGACUGGGGGCAGAGCCGUGAUGCCGAGGAGGCCAUCAGCCAGACCAUCGACACCAUCACGGACAUGAUCAAAAAUAACGUGGAGCAAGUGUGCUGUUCCUACGAGUGCCAGCCCGCCAGAGGACCACCUGGACCGCGGGGCGACCCCGGGUACGAGGGGGAGCGAGGCAAGCCGGGCCUCCCAGGAGAGAAAGGGGAAGCCGGAGACCCCGGCCGGCCCGGGGACCUGGGACCUGUCGGCUACCAGGGAAUGAAGGGAGAGAAGGGGAUCCGCGGAGAGAAGGGCUCCAGGGGACCCAAGGGCUAUAAGGGCGAGAAGGGCAAGCGUGGUGUGGACGGCAUGGACGGCAUGAAGGGGGAGACGGGGUACCCCGGCUUGCCAGGCUGCAAAGGCUCACCCGGAUUCGAUGGUAUUCAAGGCUCCCCCGGGCCCAAGGGCGACGCAGGCGCCUUCGGACCGAAGGGAGAGAAGGGGGAGCCUGGAGCUGACGGGGAGCCUGGGAGGCAGGGGAGCACAGGGCCCCCCGGAGAUGAGGGAGAGCCGGGAGAGCCGGGACCCCCCGGAGAGAAAGGCGAGGCUGGCGACGAGGGAAACGCAGGCCCCGAUGGCCCCCCGGGAGAAAGGGUGCUGUCCCACAGGGGCACACUGCCCACCAUGUCUUCCGCCACCGGCUCCGCCUUUGGCCUGAGACAAGCGUUUGUCCCCAGCUCUACGGGCUCUGUUUCCUGGCCCAUCACGGGGUGUCCCCACCCCUGCCACAGGGCCCCUGGGGUCGUCACCCUGAAUGGCAAGGACUCCAGCCGGCCUGGGGCCCUGGCUCCAGACGUGGCUCGGCGGGCCACGGCCUCCCCAGAGGGGCGUGGAUGCAGCCGGCCAGCGAGCGGGAUCGGGGGCCGUGUGGUGUGGACACAGGGCCCAGCAGGCCUGUCCCUCUCUCUGCAGGGCGAUGCUGGCCCCGUUGGACCCAAAGGGUACCGAGGUGACGAGGGGCCCCCGGGACUUGAGGGUGCUCGAGGCGCCCCAGGGCCCGCAGGACCCCCCGGAGACCCUGGGCUGAUGGGCGAAAGGGGUGAAGACGGCCCCCCUGGAAACGGCACCGAAGGGUUCCCUGGCUUUCCUGGCUAUCCAGGCAGCAGGGGCCCACCUGGGAUAAACGGUACUAAAGGCUACCCCGGCCUCAAGGGGGACGAGGGAGAAGCUGGGGACCCCGGAGAGGACAACAACGACGUUUCACCCCGUGGCGUCAAAGGCGCAAAGGGGUACCGGGGCCCGGAAGGCCCUCAGGGAUCCCAAGGACACACGGGACCGCCAGGACCGGACGAAUGCGAGAUUCUGGACAUCAUCAUGAAGAUGUGCUCCUGCUGUGAGUGUAAGUGUGGCCCCAUCGACAUCCUCUUCGUGCUGGACAGCUCCGAGAGCAUCGGGCUGCACAACUUCGAGAUCGCCAAGGAGUUCAUCAUCAAGGUCAUCGACCGGCUAAGCCGCGACGAGCUGGUCAAGUUCCAGCCCGGGCAGUCGCACGCGGGCGUGGUGCAGUACAGCCACAACCAGAUGCAGGAGCACGUGGACCUGAGGGACCCCAACAUCAGGAACGCCCAGGAGCUCAAGGAGUGAGUCCCGUGGAUGGCCGGCGGCACGUUCACGGGCGAGGCGCUGCAGUACACCCGGGACCGGCUCCUGCCGCCCACCCCGAACAACCGGAUCGCCCUGGUCAUCACCGACGGCCGCUCGGACACCCAGAGGGACACCACGCCGCUCAGCGUGCUCUGCGGCCCCGACAUCCAGGUGGUCUCCGUGGGCAUCAAGGACGUGUUUGGCUUCGUCGCGGGCUCUGACCAGCUCAAUGUCAUUUCCUGCCAAGGCCUGGCAUCCCAGGGCCGGCCGGGCAUCUCGCUGGUCAAAGAGAACUACGCGGAGCUGCUGGAGGACGCCUUCCUGAAGAACAUCACCUCCCACAUCUGCAUAGACAAGAAAUGUCCGGAUUACACCUGCCCAAGUAAGUAGCGGGUGUGGGCGGGGCGCUGGUGCGGGGUCUGGGGCACCC